UAGUCCUAUGCAGCUUGUUGUAGACCCCGUGAGACACACAACAAGUCCUCUUGUUACGGGAGGUUCUGUUAUAGGAAUAAAGUGUUCUGACGGAGUAGUUAUAGCUGCCGAUACUUUAGCUUCUUAUGGCUCACUUGCGCGAUUUCAAAACUUCUCGAGACUUUUGAAGGUUACUGACUCUUGUUUGUUGGGAGGUGGUGGUGAAAUUUCAGACUUUCAAGAAAUUCAACGCCUUUUAGAAAAUCUCACCACCCAAGACUUUUGCUUUAAUGACGAGCAUAAAAAAAGCCCACGCUCAUUGCAUCAAUACCUAGGAAGAGUACUUUAUGCCCAGAGAAGUCGUUUGAACCCCUUUUGGAAUAGUCUUAUUGUCGGAGGUUAUGUCCAAAGUCAAAGUUUUCUCGGCAUGGUUGACUUAUAUGGCACCACUUUUGAAAGCGAAGUGCUUGCUUCUGGUUUUGGAGUGCUUUUGGGACUGCCUCUGCUCAGAAAGGCAUAUCGCCCUGAUCUUACCGUUCAAGAAGGUAUAAAGAUUGUUGAGGAAGUCUACCGUGUGCUGUUUUAUCGUGACGCUCGGAGUAUCAAUAGAAUUCAAGUAGCUACUGCAACAGUAGAUGGAGUAACAAUAAGUGAACCCUAUUCAUUAGAAACAAAGUGGGAUUUUAAAGGAUUUGUCAACCCUCGCAGUACUUAUGACGAGUCCACUUGGUAAAACAAAUAGUAAAACACUUCAUUUUGUA